AUGUGGCAGUCUCAAGGCUACGCUCUUCCAUUGGACCUCAUCUCCACAAAACAACAGGACAUCUUUGUGAGUUGUCCCUCUGCUCAGAAAUAUCCAAAGUGUUGGCAUGACAGACGCACUCAGAUCCGUCAGAAGCAGCACAGCAGGAAAACGUUCUGUGAUCCUUCCUUCAGCAACCAGACAGCAGGUGCUGUCACUCAGUGCAGCUCUGGCUUCUACAGAGAGUGGGUCGGACCAAACAGGGGCCAGUGUGUGCCAUGUAGCUGCAACGGGCUCCCCGAUGAGUGUGAUGAGCGUACAGGGAACUGUGUGAAAUGUCAGUUCAACACUACAGGAAAUCGCUGUGAGCGUUGCAAGGAGGGUUAUUUUGGAGAUCCGGUGAACAGAACCUGUCGUGCCUGUCCAUGUCCCUUUACAGAGAACAAUUUUGCACUGGCCUGCCUCGAUGUUGGCUCAGGAGUGGUGGAAUGUUUGUGUAAACAUGGUUACAGUGGAGUCAGAUGUGAGAGAUGUGCAUUUGGUUAUUAUGGCAAUCCCAUGGUGCAUGGGGGCAUGUGCAAGCCCUGCAACUGCAAGAAGAAUGGUUUGAACAUGUGUGAUUCUCUGACUGGAGAGUGCAUCACAUCUGGUAAUAGUAACUGUGGGGAUCACUGUCAUGAGUGUGACAGCUGUACUUACACUUUGCUGGUGGACUCAGAGAAGAUGGAUGAUGAUCUGGUUUGGCUGAAACAGCAGCUGCAGAACAUCAAUCAUAAUCCUGUAUCACAAUCUACUCUGAACAACCUGGAGGCUAACAUAUCUGAAGCAAAGGUACAGAUGGGGAGGCACAAGACUGCUGUGAGACUCCUGGAUCCAAAGGUUGAACAGCUGGAAGCAGAUGUGGCGGCUGACAGAUAUGACUUGUCUCAGCUGAAUCUGAUAAAGCAGCUAACUGAGGCGAAACCUGAAGAUUCAGUUUCUCUCUCUGAAAAGGACAAAGGCAGGAUGAUGGAAGAAGCUCAGCGCAUCAUAGAGUUGGGCGAGCUGCUGUUGGAUGCAGAGGACAGAGUUGACAGAGCAAGGGGUCUUAACCUCAAGAGUCGUACUGCCCUACAGCAUCUGCAGGAAUUUGAGAAGCGAGCAGCUCAGUUGGAUGGUGCCCAGCUGGAACACUUUCAGCAGUUAAACAACAGUUUAAUAAUAGCAGAGGUGGAAGCUAUAGCCCAGGCAGAGGAGCAUGCAAAGGAGCUCAAAAGAGUGGUGACAGAAUUACAACAAGCGCUUCAUACCGCUACUAACAGCACUUCACUGGUCAGCCUCCUGGGUAUAGGGGCCUAUGACAGCAUCAUUAAGGCAGUAGAAAUGGUUGAGAAGGCAGCAAAGGAGUCCAAAAGGGCUGCUGAUCAAACCUUAAAGGAUGUGAAGAAGCGAGGUCUGAUCAGCAGGUCUGAACAGCUGAAAGAUAACUCAAGUCAUCUAUGGAGGGAAACCAGAGACACUCAAAGUCACCUUAAAACGGUGUCACGUACAGUAAAUGCUCACAGGAAUCGUGUGAAUAAACAAAAGAAAAAAAGAAGAUCACUGAGAAUCGACGCCUCAUCCAUCAGUGACAAACUCAAAAAGAUCAAAAGAGAUGACACAGCGGCACUGAUAGUGUCUGUGAAAACUGCUGCUUCUGAUGCUAACGCUACAGUCAGCAGUGUGAAAGAGAGACUGAGAAAUAUCAGCGAGGAAGUAGGAAGAAUAACUUUAACCAAUAUCAGUGUGAAUAUAAAUGACAUGUUGACAGAUGCAGACCAGGCUGUAAAAAGCUUCAACAAAGCACUCCCUGUGAUGAGUGACAAGCUCGCAGAAGUCAAGGCUCUUGGUAGGAGGAUGUCACCUCACCCAAACAUGACAGAAAGCAUCCAGAGAAUCAAGGACAUAAUAGAGGAGACAAGAAACUUUGUUAAUAGGCUCUCUCUUGGCACCGCUUUCAAUGGAAAGAGCCACAUUGAGCUUCACCCUCCAAGAGACCUUGAGGACAUUAAAGCGUUUACAGCUGUCGAUCUUCUCCUCAAUCGCCAUCACAAAACCCCGGCUAAGUCUGAUGUGAGACGAAAGCGACACCAGGAUGAACACAGAGAUGCCAACCUGUUCGUUUUCUACCUGGGUAGCAAGAAUGCUUCUGGAGACUACAUUGGAAUGGCUAUCAGAAACACUGUGUUGGUUUGUGUCUAUAAGUUGGGUGGAGUGGUUCAUGAGAUAGAAACCAGCCAAAUAACACUCGGAAGCGUGAACUCCUCAGCCCUUGACAGAGUUAUCUUCCACAGGGUUUACCAGGACGCUGAAGUGAACGUCACAAAGAACUUCACGUCAAAGGAGCGUGUCAGUCUCCCUCCUAAACGUAACCUCCCAAACACAAUGACAGGCGUCUUCGACUUGGAUCCAGGCAGUGUCGUUUUCUACGUGGGGGGCUAUCCCGAUUACUUCACUCCUCCAGUGGAGCUGCGUUACCCCAAGUACAGAGGAGCCAUAAAACUCUCCUACCUGAAUGACAAUCCUGUCUGCCUUUUUAACUUCAAACAUGCUGUCAAUAUGGAUGCAAAACAGCUCACUGUGAAGAUUGCACAGGAAGAGGUGUCUGAUUAUUAUGAAGGAAGAGGUUACCGCAUGGCGUUCAUAAAGAAUCCUGACUGGAAAAAGAGGCGACUGUUCAGAUUUCACACAAACAGUCGAGAAACAAAUGCCUUGUUAUUCUACAUUGGAAACAAUGAGUCCUUUUUCUGUGUGUUUGUGGAGAGAGGCUUCCUUGUGCUACAAGGUCAACAAACUGACAGAGAGAUUAGACUUCGGAGUGCUGAAAGAGUGUCUCUGUUUGACACACAGUUUGCAAUUGCAAUUGCAGACAAAUUCAUUGUCCAGUAUGGACCAAAAACGGUCUCCACAGAUCACAUUCAAACAGACUACAUUAGUUAUUACAUUGGGGGUCUUCCAGCAGAGCUCAGAGAGAGACACAACAUCACAGCUGCACCGCUCAGGGGAUGCGUGGAUAACCUGAAAGCAGAUGCUGAGAUUGUCGAGUACAACAGAACAAUAGGUGUCAGCAGUGGAUGUCCAGUCUCCUCACUGGGUGUUCGUGCAGCUACAUUGAAUUCGGCUCUUUCUGUCGAUUCUCUGUUUGCCUGGGACAAACAGCCAGUGAGAGUCUCGUUAGGCUUCAGGACCACAGGCAAGCGGGGCGUUGUUCUGAAGAGCGGCUCUCAGGGCUCCGAAACUGUCCACAACCUCCAGUUGUCCCUGGACGAUGGCUUUGUGGUUUUUCAUAGUUUUAAUUAUACCCUGAGGUCAAAUGAAAGGUAUAAUGAUGGAAUCUGGCAUUACGUGUCUGCAGUGGGGAAGCCAUCAGGGCUGCUGCUUAGCAUUGACAAUGUAAAUGUGAGUCCGGCACAUUCAGACCAAAUCAGCAUGCAAAGAGGAAAAUUCAAAGGCUGCAUUGCUAAUCUUUAUACAAGCAGGCCGAGUAUUUUACCUGCUGAUCUAAGCUCAUUAUCGCAAACUGGAGAUAUUAUCUUUGAUCAGUGCAGUCAGCCUCCCCCACCGCACUCCACAAUGAAAAGGCCCCAGACACACAACCUUAUUACGACUCCAGCUGGCAGUCAAUGUAGACCCCAGAGAGCAUACCAACUCUAUGAGAAAGACAGCUGGGUCAGUUACAACCUUCCACAAGAAAACCUUAAUUAUAGUAUCAGCUGUAUAAGGGAAUUCAAAAUGAAUGAUGUAUUUGUUGGUGCAGCUGAGGUGAGCCACAAAGCCUUACCGUGCUUUGAUGGGCUUGCAGAAGAAGGGACGUACUUUGGUGGCGGUCACAUCGUCUUAGAUAACUACUUCACCAUUGGCUCGCACUUUUUGUUGUCCUUCAAGCUGCGCCCUCAACACCUCACGGGUCUUCUCUUCCACGUUCAAAGUGAUAAGACCAGCCUUAAUGUGUUCUUAAUGGAAAACAAGGUGGGCGUCAAAGCAAAUGAUGGUAAUGGAGCUGUUAGUGUCUCAGUAACACCUCGUAAAAGCCUCUGUGAUGGAAAAUUUCACGAGGUUACAGUCUCCAAAAAAAGGAACGCAUUCCAAUUAGUGGUUGACUCCAUGUCCAAGGAGAAAGCAGGCCCCAAAUCCACGUCAUAUUCAACGGCCCUGGAAUCGCUUCACAUUGGGGGGACAACAAAUCACAAUGGAGCCCCUGUGCCUUCACCUUUUGUGGGCUGCUUGCGAAAUGUGAAGAUUAAUGGAAAGCCGGUUGCAUUUGAGAAAGCCUCCAGAGUGGUCGGUCCAGUGAGCAUCAACAGAUGCCCCACAAACUAAUGAAAUACAUCAUAACAAACAGGGAUGGGAAUAGUAAACCUAGUUAGGCUGAAAUCAAGCAACAAUUUUUCCAAUAUAACGGAAUUGUAUUUCUCUAAGCUUCAGGUCCUUUUUUCCACCACGGGAAUGUUUUCCUCACAUUUGCUCAUUACAAAGCAAUGACGCCAAACUCAUGAUAGCGAGUUGUAAAUCACCUGAAAGCUUAUUUUCUACUCUCCCUACACUGUUCCAGACUCAUUGAUAUUAAAAUAGUCGCCCUGAAGCAGAAAACCUGUUACGGUCUAGUUUUAUUUCCUCAGAGAACACUGAUAAGGUGAGAAAACUGAUAGACUCACUUCAAUGCAGCCACAACACCAUCUAAGAGCACAACAGCAAAAUUUGCCAUAAAUUUAGCAGUGGAUUUUAAACAAAUCCACCCCAAUCCCAUAUAAUAGCUGCGCUAA